UUCAGGAAGACUUUCAACUUUACUUUAAAAAAUCCAACGGAAGCAAACAGAAGAGAAACUCCAUUUUCCGUAACCUUUUCCUCAUCUGCCAUUUAUGUCCAUAAGGAAGCUUAAAGAAUUUUUAUCAGUACACUAAAAUUUAGAUAAUUGGCUGUAUUGUAAAACUUUUCAAUGCUGGACUCCAGAUCUCUACAGUUGCUGAGAAUUCUUGUCAAGAAAUCAUCUAGGGAACCUUCACAACUCCUGUUUUCAUGAAGAGGUCUCAGUGGGGAUGAGGUUUACGCCUAACUCUUAAAAUUUCAUUUUGGUGACUUGUGCCCAGGAUCCAACUUUAGUUACAAAGUAAACAGUAUUUCCCAAAGACUGACAGGGUCAGCUGCUCGGGGAAUGUGGCCGGUGACCUCCCUGACGGGUGACCGUCCUGCCGGCUGCUUCCAAGUCAGUUGAAAGUUUGAUUCCAGUGAGUACUUGACCUUGAAUGUUGGGCGCCAACAGGAGAGAGAACAAGGAGCCCUGACUUGUCCUUCAGAGGUUGAGGACAAGGCUUCCCAAGGAAAGGAAUUUAAAGAGAAAAAACCUCAAGGAAUGCAGCAAAGUGACCUCUUCAAAGCGGAAUAUGUCUUUAUCGUGGACUCUGAGGGGGAGGAGGAAGCCCCGGGCGGAAAAGGUGACCAGGGACCCCCGGCGGGGACAGGGCCCCCGGCUGCUCGGCCCGCGUCUCUCGCCAUCUCCUCCAGUCUGGCCUCCGAUGCAGUGCGCCCCAAAACGCGAGGGGCGGACCUCCAGGCCCCGUCGCACCCUGAACGGCCUCAGGCAAUGGCUCCUCCGCAAAGACACGGGCAGAAAACACCACCUGCCCCAGGCGAGCUCGCCGGCGCCUCUGUCCUGGAGGAGUUCCACUCGAGGAGGCUGGAUGCCCACGGGGCCCUGGUGGAAGAAACAACCACGUACUUUCAAACUUCCGCUCACUCUGCACCCUUUUUUGCACCGAAGGGCACGUCCUCGACGUCACAGGUCCCCCAACCCGCUCAGUUAUCAGGUUCUCCUUCAUCCAGUCCAAGCACAGCGCAGCAAAACCCGGGGCAGACUUCUGAAGUCCUCAAGAAGACGGUCAACUCGAACGGCCUUAGUCCCAAAGAGAGUCCGAGAGCCUCUUCUUCACCAGCCUCCGGUGCUUCUCUGAAGCCGAGUGCAGCCUCCUACAUCCCCGUCCGCAUCGUCACGCACUCGCUCUCGCCGAGUCCCAGAGCUUUCCCCUCCCCUUUCCACGGCUCCUCUUCCACGGUCUGUAGCCAAGCGUCCUCCAGCGCGAGCCUCUCGAGGUCAGGGGUGAAACCCCCGGUGCCCUCCAGGCUUUCCGUCCUCACCGCCAUCCUGAAGUCCAGCCCUUCUCACCAAAGGCCCCUCUCCCCAGCCUCCUGUCCCACCUUCUCUCUCAACUCCCUGGCUUCCUCCACGCUCACGCUUGAUCAAAAAGUCAAGCAAACCCCACCCACACCUAAGAAAUCCCUCUCCAGUUGCUCCCUGCGAUCAGGGUCUCCAGAACAAAGGGAAAACCCAGUUUCCGACCUCAGCCAGCCAUCCUUCCCCUUUCCUUCUCCCACCAAAGCUACACCCCCUCCCCAGGCAUCGGCCCUUUCUCCCCCAAAACAGGGCAGUAGCAGCUUCGCUUCUGUGAUUGUAGAGAAAAUGCCACCCCCAACUCUGAAGAGCAGCCCAGUGACUUCCCAGCUGCAAACCGGUACCUCCAGCUCUGUGGGUCUGCCUCCCGUCCCUCCAAGCUUCUCUCCUCUGUCUUCCAAAGGCAGACAGGAUGCUGACCCCAGAGGCCCGGGAAAGCCCAGGGAUAUCUGCUCGCAUGCUUCUACAUCACCUUGCUCCACAUCGUCUUCUGUGUCUCCUCCCACUAACCCAAGGGCCAGGCUCUCCUCACCGGAGAGACGCUACCAUCCGUCCCCAGCUCUUUCAAACCUGAUAAACCGAUCUAAGAGCGCACAAGCGCCAGUCUCUGGCCAAGGGCAGACUCCGUCUACUCCACCCCCAGCCCCUGUCUCCAGCUCCAGCUCUGCCUCUCUUCCCCAUCUGGGGUCCUCUGCUCUCCCUCUGGCUGAUCCUCCCACAAAAGCACACAGGCUCAGUCCCUCUGCCCUGCACCCAAAUCUUACCCUGCCUUCAAGACUUGGAAAAUUCGAAAGCUCUAUAUCUGACCACAGGUCAUCUGUCUCAGCUCCGUCACCUCCCUUCUCUCUCACAAGAACCAAGGAGCUGAGUUCACCCUGUGCAUUGCCCAUGUCAGCAGGCCCUGAGAAUAAGAAACCCAAGCAAUACAAGACCAAGUCCAGCUACAAGGCUUUUGCAGCAAUCCCAACAAACACAUUGCUUUUGGAACAGAAGGCACUAGACGAACCAGCCAGGACGGACAGCAUUUCCAAGGACAAGACCUUAGAUCCACCUCUGGAGUUGUGUUCCCCUGCACAGCUCAGGCAGCAAACUGAAGAGCUCUGUGCUACCAUUGAUAAGGUCUUACAGGAUUCCUUGUCUAUGCAUUCUUCUGAUUCUCCUUCAAGUUCCCUGCAGACUUUGUUGGGUUCUGACACAAUCAAAAUGCCUACAACUCUUCCAAGAGCAGCUGGUCGAGAAACCAAAUAUGCAAACCUCUCCUCACCAUCUUCUACGGUAUCAGAGAGUCAGCUGACAAAGCCUGGAGUAAUUCGCCCUGUACCGGUAAAAUCCAAAAUAUUACUGAAAAAAGAGGAGGAAGUCUAUGAACCCAAUCCUUUCAGUAAAUACCUGGAGGAUAACAGUGACUUCUUUUCUGAGCAGGAUGUGCCUGUCCCUCCCAAGCCUGUUUCUCUCCAUCCUUUAUAUCAGACUAGACUCCAUCCUACUGCUAAGUCCCUACUGCGACCACAGACCCGCCCGCAUGCUGACUGUUUUACCCCCGGACCUUUCAGUCACUUGUCUUCCUUCUCCCUGAGUGAUGAACAGGAGAAUUCCCACACCUUGUUUAGUCACAACGCAUAUAAUAAGCUGAGUCAUCCAAUGAUGGCUAUUCCGGAACACGAAACCCUUGAUUCCAAAGAGCAAUGAAGAUGGAGCAGAAGUGAACACUCAGGCUGGGCUGAAGUUUUUGGAACGCUGGUGCUAAUCACUUGCUAGAUUUAACUUUUAUCACUCUUUUUUUUCAGUCUUAGUGUUUUCCUUAUGAGCUGCAGUGAAACUAAAAAAGUUCCCUGCAAGCAUAUAACAUGGCAGUAGUCACUAACACCCCGCUUAGAAGAGAUUUACCUACAGUUUCUCCCACCACUGUUAGAGCCUUGAAUGCCUUCUAUUAAGCUGACAGCAAUACUAACAUGCCCCUCUGUUUAGCAGGCAAAUAAAAAAGAAACAUAA